UUCGCAAAGCAGUGUCAGCCGAAAUCAACCGCCUCGUUCAGCAAGGCGUCCUGUCGCCGGUGAGCGUUUCCGAAUGGGCUGCUCCUGUCGUACCUGUGGUGAAGAAAAAUGGGGACAUCAGGCUGUGUGGCGAUUUUAAGCUCACCAUGAAUCCGGCUACUCACCUGGAGCAGUACCCUUUGCCUAAAGUGGACGACAUUUUUGCCGCGCUCUACGGGGAAGAAGUAUUCACCACACUGGAUUUGCGAAAUGCCUACAAUCAGCUGCCACUUGAUGAAGAAGCGAAGGAAAUGACUGUCAUCAACACGCACCAGGGCUUGAACUCGUACAACCGACUAGCCUUCGGCAUCUCGUCGGCUCCCGCACUGUUCCAGCGGCGCAUUGAGUCGUUAUUAAGGGACUUACCAAGAGUACGUGUGUACCUGGACGACAUCAUAAUCGCCGAGAAGCAACAGGACACGUCAACACUUCGACAAGUGUUCCAGAGACUUCGCGGCAGUGGCCUCCAACUGAACAAGGCCAAAUGUCGGUUCCGAGAAAAAGAAGUGCAGUUUCUGGGGCACAAGACUGAUGCAACCGGACUUCAUCCACUGCGCGACAACCUCGAAGCCGUAACAGCUGCACCAAAGCCAGAAUCCCAAUUGAUUGCUUUGACCCAGGAGGACAGCGCACUUCGGCAAGUCCGGGAAUGGAUCGAGCAGGGCUGGCCAUCGCAUCUUGCGGGGCAGCAGCAACAUCUGCAGCCGCACUUCACCCGCAGAUCUACACCCCUCGAGAGUGGCAAAUCGCCAGCACAACUGCUCUUGGGAUUCGAGCCCCGGACAAGGCUGUCCGCCUACUUUCCAGAAGGCGAGGUGCCUGCAGGGGCCGACACGAUCCGGCCUUCGUCGACCAAAGCACCACCACUGUUCCCACCCGGAAAGCCCGUCUGGUCCCGCCAUUUUCAACGAGGGCGAAAAUGGCUUCUAGGGACUGUGAUAGCGACGGAAGGGAAUCGGAUGGUGAAGGUUGAGACACCCCUGGGAACCCAGCGCCGUCAUGUAGACCAGUUGAGGGCACGGCGGGCGUUAGCCACACCAGAAAAAAAAAACACAGCAGGUGCUCUGGCACACAGCAUACAGGUGCUGGCUCCUCUUCCCGUUGCCUGA